AUGGUGAAAUGGAAUGCUCAUCCUGUACUUCAACAUUUCUCAGCUGGUGGCAGAUUUGAAGUAGACGAGCGAUCUGGUGAGGUCAGAACUCGAGGAAAAGAGCCAUUCAUGUUGGACAAAGAAUAUGUCUUAUAUGUGAAAGCAGAAGAUCGCAAUGGAAAAGUAAACAAGCAUGAAUACCAGUCCACCUCAGAAAUGAGACUGUCCAUCAUGGGAGGCAAACGUGCUCCUCAAUUCUAUAUGGAGAAAUAUGAAACUAAUAUUCCAGAGAACCAGAGAAAAGAUUCAGAUGUUAUCGAGGUAAAAGCUAAGUCAUUUGCCGACCGACAGAUUCGAUAUACUUUACGUGCUAAAGGGUCUGGAGCAGGAACUUUUAACAUUGAACCUAGUGUUGGUAUUGUCAAAUUGGCUAAAGAUCUAGAUUAUGAAGAUCUUCGUCAGCCAAAAAAAUACUCCUUGGUGGUCACAGCAACAGAAGACUCUGGAGGAUUUUCAACAUCUGUUGAUUUAACAAUUACAGUUAAUGAUGUAAAUGACAACUCCCCACGCUUCGAGCUGCCUGAUUAUCAGGCUCAUAAUAUAGAUGAGGACAUUCCACCUGGAACUUCAAUUCUACAAGUUGUGGCUAGUGAUAAGGAUGGGGAUAACAUCCACUUUGGCUUUGUUGGAGGAGGAACCGUUUCUGGCAUGUUUCAGAUUGAAGAACGUACAGGUGUAAUCCGUUUGAUUAAUGGGCACAUCCAGUUAGACAAAGACAAGUACGAGUUGAAUGUGACUGCCCAAGAUGAUGGGUCAUGCUGCAAAGAUGGCAGCUUAACACCGCACACUAGUACAGCUUUAGUUGUCGUGUUUAUUACUGAUGUUAAUGAUAACAAGCCUGAAUUUGAGGAAUGUGAUAGCUAUUUACCCACUGUUGAGGAGGGAGCACCAAGUGGCACUGUUAUCAUUACUGUUAAAGCUAGUGACCAAGAUAAAGGACAUAAUGGAUUGGUUCGCUAUAGUAUCGUGCAGCAACCUAAUCAGAAAGGAACCAAAUUUCUUGUGGAUGAAGUCUCUGGAGAUGUGAAGACUAACAAGGUGUUUGACAGAGAAGGAGAAGAUGGUCGGUUUGUGAGUGUCACAGUAAAAGCUACUGACAGAGGAAACCCUCCGCUGGAAGGAGCUUGUUCCUUUAAGGUUGAAAUAACAGAUAUCAAUGACAAUCCACCUCUUUUUGACCGACAGGAAUAUAAAGAGCACGUAAAACAAGAUACACCUGUUGGAACAAAUAUCCUACGUGUGUCAGCUUCGGAUGAGGACGCUGAUGAUAAUGGAGCUGUAAUGUACAACUUGUCAGCUCCAUAUGAUCCAUCUGAUGUUACCUACUUCAAAGUCAACCCUGAUUCUGGCUGGGUUAUUCUUCAGAAACCAUUGGAUCGACAACAGUUCCACCUGCGAGCUGUUGCUUUAGAUAAAGGGAAACCACAACAUCGAACUACAGUAGAACUAACUAUAGAAGUAGUAGACAGAGACAGCAACCCUCCAGUGUGGGACCAGCCCAUCUAUGGACCCAUAAUGAUCAAAGAGAACCUUGGGCGGGGAGAAGUAGUCACAAGCAUCAAAGCCAGAUCAGGGAUCCCAAGUGACCCAGCUGUUUUUUACACACUGAUGAAAGGAAGCAAUGAGCAAACUAACAGCAAAGAUACUUUCUAUCUGGCACCUCGACCAGAAAGUAAUGGGGAUAUGUGGGCUGACAUCAUGGUUAACUAUCCUUUAGACUAUGAGAAGUUGCAGCAGUAUAAUCUGACCAUCCGAGUUGAAAACAAUGGUGUGAAUGUAUUAGCAGCUGAAUGUACUGUUUACAUCGUGUUGGAGGAUGUGAAUGAUGAAAUUCCACUAUUUAUUGAAACGGAGCAAGAAACAGUUCUAGAAGGUAUGCCCCCAAUGACAAAAGUGACCACUGUGACAGCUGUUGAUAAAGAUGGAACUUAUCCAAAUAAUAAGGUCUAUUAUAAAAUUGAAGAAGGUGGUGAUAGAUAUUUCAGCAUAGACAAAGAAACUGGAACUAUUUUCACAAGAGUGGAGUUUGAUCGUGAAGAAAAGCAAGCUUACGCUAUUAAAGUUUCAGCUGAAGAUGGAGCUCUUUCUGACCGGCCGCAUGAGAAGUUUGGAAUCCCAAAACCGAACAAAGGUGAGCCUAAGAAACAUUCACAUUAUGAUGUGACAAAUGAAUGUUUGUUGAGAGCUGGGAACAUUAGUUCCCUUACUGGAAUGGUGGAAACUGUUCAUGGCUGAUUUCUCCACUAUGUACAUCUUGACAUAUAGU